CCAUAUUUGAUUCGAUUACGCCGUCCUGGCUGCGACGACAGCGCUUUUGCCACUUCUCAUUUUCCCCCCUCUUUGUGACACCCCCGAAAAGCUUCGUGGUCACUUUCACGGUUAAUUUCCUACUACAGUCCAGCGUGACGCGCGUCUCCGAGUCGUAAAUCAAAGAUGAAUCCUGAAUAUGAUUAUUUAUUCAAACUGCUACUGAUUGGAGAUUCUGGCGUUGGAAAGUCUUGCCUGCUGCUUCGCUUUGCAGACGACACAUACACGGAGAGCUACAUCAGCACCAUCGGCGUGGACUUCAAGAUCAGGACCAUCGAGCUGGACGGGAAGACCAUCAAACUGCAGAUUUGGGACACGGCUGGCCAGGAGCGCUUCCGCACCAUCACGUCCAGCUACUACAGAGGAGCGCACGGAAUAAUCGUCGUUUAUGACGUCACCGAUCAGGAGUCGUUCAACAACGUGAAGCAGUGGCUUCAGGAGAUCGACCGCUACGCCAGCGAAAAUGUCAACAAGCUGCUGGUCGGCAACAAAUGCGACCUGACCACCAAGAAAGUGGUGGACUACACUACAGCCAAGGAGUUCGCAGACAGCUUGGCCAUCCCGUUCCUGGAGACGAGCGCCAAGAGCGCCACCAACGUGGAGCAGGCCUUCAUGACGAUGGCGGCCGAGAUCAAGAAGCGGAUGGGGCCCGGCGCCGCCGCCAACGCCGGGAACGCCGAGAAGUCCAACGUGAAGAUCCAGAGCAAGCCCGUCAACACCUCGUCCGGAGGCUGCUGCUGAUGCCACGGACGGCGAGCGAGCGAGCGGCCCGGUAGCCGGCGGGUCGGGGACACGCACGCAAGCGUGCAGCGGUGAUGGCGCAACGACGGUGGGAGGAGGAGGAGGAGGAGGAUGAGCGCUGAGAUGUUGUGUGCAGCUACAACCACCACAAGAUUCACAACUCCCCCCCCCCCCCCGAGUCAGCAAUAGUGCGGAAGCCAGCAGGCCUUCGUUUUCUUUUUCUUCUCACCUUGUCGUGUCUACUUUUUAAUCAUCAACACUGCCCAUCCCCCCAACCCCCACCCCCAUCCCUCCUUUGCCCAUUAACAUUGUCCUGGUUUCACAAUGCAGCACACGCUUAGCACGCACACGCGUGAUCACUGAUCUCGUGCCUUCUGGCUGCUCUUAGCGGAGGCUGACUCGCACCCCCCCCAAGUGUAAAUAAGUGCUAGCAUGAUGCUAAACAGCUAGCGUGUGCUCCAUUGUGGUCCAGCCAUCUGUAAAGUGUAUAUAUUUAUACAUGACACCAAGUCCAUUAAACCAUGAAGGAGACGUUUGAUACCAUG